AUGGAAGAGUUCACGUUCCCCAGCUUUCCACUCGAGCAAUACAACGCCAAGAAGGUCCCCUUCCCCCACUUCGCCUCGGCGUCGCCGUGGCUCGUCGUCCCCGGCGGCGUUGUCGACACGGCCGUGCACGAGCACGAUCACCGGAGGAGCUUCUCGGCCGUGGAGCAGCAAGAAGCCGCCGGCAGCGACUACCACGACCAGCACCAGCAGCAGCUGGGUGGCUACGACCAGCACCGCCACGGCUCGGUUCGGUUCGCCGUGGAGGACAAGAUGGACAUGCUGUGGGAGGACUUCAACGAGGAGCUCGCCCGGGCCGCGCAGCCGUGCCCGCUCACCAUGGGCACGCCGUCGUGGGCCACCGCGAAGGAGUCCUGGCUCGCCGGCGGCGACGGCGACGGCUACGAAGGCGCCUUCGAGACGCGCAAGCACGCCGUUGUCCGGCGGCGGAGGAUGGGCCUGCUCAUGAUGCUCAGGCUGCUCAAGAAGCUCUUCCUGGCGCACAAGUCCGGCGCCGCCCCGUCGCGGAAGGCGCCGCCGAUCUGA